CCGUCGGCCGGAACAACACUGGUACCGAGAUCAACCCUGACACAAAGGAUUCGCUCAUGCAUACAAAAGGUGGAGAGACCCAGCUAGAUAGAGUCCAAAUUUACGAGUUUCGAACACUGUUAUGGUUGGCUGCUCAACCGAGGCCCAUCUAAAGGGUUUGCUGCCUGAUGUUUACGGACAACUUCAUCCUGUGGAAACACCGGAGCUCAUUGCUCGGAAACGUGUCGAAUUCGAGGACGAAUUAAAACGAGUUCCGGAUCAAGAAAAGAUAUGUUUGAUGCAGGCCGAAGAGAAAUGUCCCGAACUACUUACAGACGACUUCAAGCUUAUGUUUCUGCGAUGUGAAGUCUUUCAAGCUAAGUUAGCAGCAGAGCGGUAUGCGCACUACUGGGACAAACGGGUGGAAGUCUUCGGGCCUGAGAAAGCGUUCGAGCCCCUUACUUUGAUAGGCGCUGUUAGAGACGAUAAGGAAACGAUACGCAUUGGAAUCAUUAGCCUUAUGAAAGAAAAAGAUCCAGAGGGGCGGUCUAUUAUCUUUUUUGACGUAGCUCGGCAAGAUCGAACAAAGUACAGUCGAGAUUCUCUCGGUCGUGUCUUUUGGUACAUUUUUCACGCUGCGAUUGAAGAUGAAAAUACACAGCGGCAAGGUGUGGUGGUUCUUGGUUGGCCACAGAACGCCAAGUAUUCCCAAUUCGACCGUGGGCUUAUAAGAAUCGUUACAACAUCUAUCAAGGGCGCAAUACCAACACGCCUCUCAGCUCUUCACAUCUGCCAGCCCCCAAUGUUCGCCGCCAUUGUUAUACCAAUCAUCAAAUACUUUCUAGGCGAAAAGCUUCGUAAGCGCAUCAGCGUUCAUUCAGGUUCGCAAGAGAAAUUGCUUGGACGGCUCGAAAAAUUUGGUCUGUCGAAAGACAAGCUGCCCGCCGAUCUUGGUGGUCACAUUUUGGUCAAUCGUGAGAGCUGGGUCAACGAGCGCCUGGCCGCAGGUCUUUAGGUUCUUCUUCACUUAUCGUCAUGCUUUGCCUUGCUCUUUCCUUUCCCGACGACAUUGAGCUUCUGUUUACUUCCCUUUUUUUACGGUCAGGAAUUUUGUUCUCCGGAUGGUCCUUUAAGGCUGACAAGAUAUUGAGCGUUCUGCAGCCAAUGUUCGCAGUUCAGCUUCCCGCCAACUGCAUCGUGUAUAUCGUUAGAAACAGCUCAUUAG